AUGUCAUCUCACAUUCGAGCCAAUCCCUGGCGGGUAUACCAAUGCCUCGCCCGUCAGCGUCUUGCGCAGGGUCAUAACACUCCUCGGUCAUUCUCUACCAAGGGCUCUCUUCGAUCCCCGAACAAUGCGAGCAUCAACCCCCUCCGCGCGGCCGGGCGACCCAAGAUGGAGCAGGACCAUGCAAAGACCAAAAACUCAAUGAUGCUCUCGGCAGUUGGUAUCGUUGCGUCCGGUGCGGCCAUGUAUGCCACCAUCAAGUUCGAUGUGUUCGGACUGAAUGCCUUGGAGAAUCAGUCAUCCGACGCAGACAAGGCACAGACAUUGCGAGCAUCGAAUGGCUCGUUGAAGAUGGAUGGUCCGUCCGGGUUUCCCAGCACGGGUGGGCCCCCUGUGCUCUCACUAGAUGGUCAGGAUAAUGUCGAGCAGGUGGAGACUGGCACGAGUACGAUUCCCUACUUCCCCACGACGAUUCGCCUGCCCGCUAGCUCUGAGCUCGAGAGCAAGUCCUCGGGCGACGACCUCUCCACUGCCGGAGGAGAUGAGUAUCAACUCCUCGGCCUCGGUAUUCGCACCGUCUCCUUCCUCUCUAUCCAAGUCUACGUCGUGGGUCUCUACGUGGCCAAGGCCGACAUCACCGAGCUGCAACGACGCCUGAUCAACACCGCGGUUCACCCGCCCACGGACGAUACCCAUGCCAUCUCGGGCGUUGGCGUCGAUGCCGCGACUUCUCUUGUUCCUCCCGAGCGCCAACAGCUCAAGGAUCUCCUUCUCGACGCCGAGCGCGGUGACGCCGCGUGGACUGCCAUCCUCAAGGAGAACGGGAUCCGCACCGCCUUCCGCAUCGUGCCCACCCGGAAUACAGACUUUAUGCAUUUGCGCGACGGCUGGGUUCGGGGGAUCACGGCGCGCGCGCAGCAGAAGAAGCCGCUGCCCGGGGCUACCGCGCCUGGUGAGUUCCAGGAUGCCCAGUUCGGUACAUCCAUGAACGACUUCAAGGCCGUGUUUGGUGGCGGUCAGCGCAAGAAUGUGCCCAAGGGCCAGAUCCUGGUGCUGCUCCGGGGCGCUCAGGCCGAGGCUGCCAAGCCGAUGCAGUGGGAUGGGACGGUCAAUGACGAGCGCGUCAGCCGACUGGUGUGGUUGAAUUACCUGGCUGGUAAGACUGUGUCGAGUGAGGGUGCGCGACGCAGUAUUGUAGAUGGGUUGAUGAAGGUGGUGGAGAGACCCGUGGGUACUGUGGUGCAACGUGUUGUAUGA